UAAGGGCAAACACUCGUGAUUGAUAUCCCCCUCAAACCUAUGGAUCUCAAGUUCUUAUUGGAGAGAGAAAGCGCAAUGACUUUUCACAGGGAAGAGGAGGCAGAUGAGAAAUUCACCCACAAACAACAUGUAGAUGGAGGGUCAAAGACAAAGGGCAGUUUCGUUAGUGUGGCUGAAGAGGAUAAUGUUGGAGAACGGUUGAGUUUAGGAGUUGAGAGAAACAUGCCUGAGGAGGUUGAUCGAAUUCAAAACCCAAAUCCCCAAUCAAAACGUCUCAAGAAUAAGUUGUUCUCGUGCAAUUUCUGCAUGAGGAAGUUUUAUAGUUCACAAGCCUUAGGUGGUCACCAGAAUGCGCACAGGAGAGAAAGAGGAGCAACCAGAAGGGACCAAUCUCAAAAGAUGACGACGACGACGACGACGAGCACUUCUCGGGCAGCUAAGUCUUUGGGUGUUCAUGCCCAUUCGCUUAUGCACAAGCCAACCAGGGAAGGGUCUUCUUUGGCUGCUCCAUCUGGGGUUGCUAAUUCUGGGCUUGAUAUGGCAUGGUCAUCUCUUGUGAUAGAACAAGCCAUGAAUUUGAUUUGGCCAGGAAGCUUUAGGAUUGAUUUACCAAAGAGACCAUCGGAUGGAAAUGAACUUGACUUAGAUCUUAGGCUAUGAGAAAAAAUUGUUUACAUUUGAUUUGGUUAAAGUUGAUGCUUUCUUCAUUAUCUUGUUAGGUGUUGCAUUUGGCUAUGAUAUUAUAUACUAGUUUAAUUACUCGUGUUUUUUA